AUGCCACGGGAAGAGUACGAAGAAGAGAGUGGCUUUCUUGGUAGAUCACGAAGUCGCGAAUCACGCUUUGGCGGAACUGCAGCUGUGGCGAGCUCACGUGGGUUCCCCCGAAUGAGGCAUGCGCAUGGGUUUGGUGUGGCAGGCGCGUCCAGGCCGGGCGCGAGCUCGCCAGGAGGCUGGGCGGGUGGCUCUGGAAGUAACGAAGGAUCUGGGCGUGGCGAGUUGGACCACGUCAGAGAUAUUCGGAGUUUUCCAAAUGCCAAACCGCCGUUCCGACCUCCAGCCGUAGGGUCCUCGGAACCCCCGGGGGCGGGUAGUCAGCAUGUAGGAAAGAGAGAUAUGCGCCUAUUCGGCGUUCACAGUCACGCUUCACAGCAGUUUCCGGUGAAUGGCUCUGCGAUGAAGGAGGGCAUUGUAGACCACACUGCAAAGUUCACGGAUAACUCUACAGCAGGCUGGUCUGCUAGAGAGUCACACGACGCUGGGUCCGCGAACCAUGUGGACCCAUCUGGUGACCGUGAUAGAGAUUCCGCGUCUGGAGGCCAGCGAAAGCGACGCCCGUUGCCGUUGUCGCGGAGCCGUCGAGGGUUUGAAGGGCGGAGGACAAGUAUAUAUGCAGAUCAAAUAAUUAGUUACCAGCAUGGUGGGCUGUGCCCAAAACGGGUGAAGGCAGCAUUUAUGAGCGUUGCACAAGCGGCAGGCCAGCCUUUCCUUGUCGUGCCGCGACAUAUGCGUGUGGAUGACGCACGCGGAGGCAUUCCGCCCGGCGCCGGUGGAGGGUUUAGGACGCCCGCUGGUAGCGUAUUGGACCCCUCCGGCGGUAGGGAUAAAGCGGGAACUUGGGAGGCAGGAGGCGCUGUCCACCUAAGUUCGGCCUCCGGCUUAGCUGGAGGUACGUCCACUCAGACAGGCUUUCCAUCUACCUGGAACGGUGGAUCGGCGGGGCACGCCGACGCAGACGACUCUGUUCUGCAUAUGAGUGAGGUCAGCGCAGACGAAAGUGAUGAUGAAAUGGAGGAUGGUGAGGUGGAAGAGGCGAAGAAAGACAGUCGGGCGGCGCGCUCGCGACCGGAACAAGUCUCUGGAGUUUCUCGAUCGUACUCCCAUGGACCGGCAGAGUCUGCUUCGGGAGUGACGGAUAAAUCUGCAGCGUCAUCUUUCGCAGGCGCAGCAAAUGCACAGCGCGAGGGCCAGGGGGCGAACGUGCCUGGCAGUUGGGGCUCUUUCCACUCUGCUGCAGGCUUGUCAGCUGGUCCUGCGGGAGCAGUCUCUACUGGCGCGAGAGACAUGCCUUUCCAGGGCCAGGGCUUUGGUGUGUCCGCGUCGUCUCUUGCGUCGAGAGUCGCGUCAGAGGCUCCUAGCUUACUCGGACCGCCCCCGCGAGGGGCGUUGUUCAGACCUCCGUCAUCUGCCUUAGGUGCUGUAGGGUACUCCGUCACCAGAAACAACAGCACUUCAGAACAUCGGCCCUUUGCAGAAGUGUCUCCGAGUGUGGCUUCAGCGACUUCACCAGACGCUGUUGAUGGCCAGAGCAGCUUGGGGCCACAGACAGUUCCCGUGCAGUCAUCGAUGAGUGUUCACGCACUCGGCCCUGCAAGUGCUUCUGAGCGUAGUUCAAGUAUGGGUCGCGCCCGGCCUGUAGAUCCGCGGCUGCUGCGACAGCGAAAGCAGCAAGGUGCGGAGGGCGCGCCCGUGUCACAUGAAGCAAGCGAUUCGAGUGGGGAGGCGCUCGUGUCCGCAGAAUGUGCCACGGCAGUAGAGGGAACAGCAGAAGUGGGCGACAAGGUCUUGCCUGAAGUGAUUCGCUAUGUAAGCUCUUUUGAUGGCACCGUUUUGGAGCUCAAAAACCCUCCGACGCCUCCGCCACCUGGUUCGCUACCGCCCGAGCUUCAGAACACGUGUGUGGCCCGAGGGAAAUUGCCGCUUCUCUUGGACUUGGACAAUACGCUGCUGCAUGCUCAGGCAGCAGCAGCCACGGGGUGCGAUGUGCGCCUCCAGGAUUGGCUCGAUCCGUAUGGAGAACCCGAGUUGUAUCGGUUCGAACUGCCGUGCAACCGCAAGACUUACUAUAUGAAACUUCGGCCCUACCUGAGGACUUUCUUGAAGAAGCUGGAGCCAUUCUACGAAAUGAGCGUGUACACAAAUGCUACUCAAGAAUAUGCGGACAUAGUCAUUGCGAUUUUGGAUGACAAUCGUCAACUUUUCCAGGAUCGGAUUGUCGCGCGUGACAGCGGCUUCAGAGGAGAGGCCUCAGAGAAUAAAGCUGUUCGACGAUUAUACGAAGGAAUGGAUAAAAGGUGCAUUGUUGCUUUCGAUGACCGUCAAAACAUCUGGACAGACCUGCCUCUGACUCAUGUAGUGAAGGCGCAGCAUUAUGACUUCUUCGACUCGCAUAAAGCAGAGCUGAACGCCUACUAUCCCCCUUUAUCGAACGGCAUUGGAGGAAUGGCAACUGCGGACAUUAUGGGAAACAGACAAAACGAGGACGAGGGCAUGAUGGAUCCUGUUGGCUGUAGUUCCUUGUCACAGGCAGGACAAGACCAGCAGUCGACGAACACACCUGUGCAACAGCAUCUAAGUCGAGCGGCUGCAGAGGGGAAAAAGCCAUGUGAUUGGGACAGGCAUCUGGAAUGCAUGCUCAAGUUGUUUUUGCAUCUCCAUACAGAGUUUUUCAAAGAUCCAAUCAACGCCAACAUUGGAGCGAUCCUGUGCAAUUUCCAGCAGAAGGUACUCUCUGGCGUAGGUAUUUUCUUCACGGGAUUUAGAAAAACCUUCUCUCCAGGAGCUGCUGUAGCUGACUGCGAAGAACGGCAGGCCGAACUUGCGCAGCGCCUCGGUGCAAAGGUCUACAAGCGAUACGACGAGGAAGGAGUGACUCAUGUUGUGGCCGGCAAAAACAAUACGAAUAACAUGCUUGCGUGCAAGGAGAAUACGAACCUGGCCCGUGUGCACACACUCUGGCUGUAUUGCUGCGAGGCUGCACUGGCACGGGUGCCAGAAUCUGCUUUUGACGCUGAUGCACUGUGCACCUACUACGACAACAGUCCUCCGACUGCUCCAUACCGUGACCACUGGGUGCAUCUAGCCCAAGAAAAGCCGGUUGCGGAGCAUGAACCAGCUCAUCCAUUUCCUCCACCGGAGAGCCUUCCCGUACGAGAGUUCCUUAGCACUGGCACGUAUAGUGACGGCGCCACGCUAACGUCGCCGUACGAGGAGUUGCUGUUCAUUUGGCGACCGGAGAAGCAGACGGUUCGACAGCUGUACGCCACUGAUGACUGUCGCGGCUUGUCUGUACCGACGGCCAAUCCAAAAGGUGCGCCCCUCGUGACGCCGGUAACAGGCACCCACAGUGCGUCAUUGUGUGGUGCUCUCUGCGGUCCUGGUGCGCCUACUGGCCAGGGCGUGAUUUGUGCCACAUCGCACCAGCAGUCGCAGCGGCUUCAUGCCUAG